AUGCCGGGCUCGCCCUGCGGGCUCCUGCUCGACUACAAGACGGCCAAGUUCUCGCUGACGCGGAACCGGCGGGUGGGGCUCCUGCACCGGCUGCUGCAGCUGAGCGCGCUGGGCUACCUGCUGGGGUGGGUGCUGCUGCUGCGGAAGGGGUACCAGGAGCGCGACGCGGCCCCGCGUGUCGCCGUAGUCACCAAGGUGAAGGGGGCGGCUCCCGCCGGGGCCGCGGGCCGGCGGCUCUGGGACGCGGCGGAUCUCACCUGGCCCCCGCAGGGAGAAAAUGUGCUUUUUCUGGUGACCAAUUUCAUUGCCACAGCCCAGCAGGCCCAGGGCACCUGUCCCGAGAGCCCCUCUGUCCUUGACGCGAUGUGCACAGAAGAUGCAGAUUGUCCCAUGGGAAACCCUGUGGUUCAUGGCAAUGGGAUAAAAACUGGGAAAUGUGUGAUGUUCAAUGCCACCCGUUCCACCUGUGAGAUCUAUGGCUGGUGUCCUGUGGAGAACAGUACCCUGCCCAGGAAACCUCUUCUGGCUGAGGCAGAGAAUUUCACUCUCUUUAUAAAAAACACUGUCCACUUCACCAAAUUUAACUUCUCCAAGUGCAACACUUUACAAACCAGUGACCCCAGCUAUUUCAAGAGCUGCACAUAUGAUCCAGUCUUCAAUCCCUCCUGUCCUGUGUUCCGUGUACGUAACAUGGUGGAGGCAGCUGGAGAGCACUUCGGAGACCUCGCACUGCUGGGGGGGAGCAUUGGAGUUCUCAUCAAGUGGGACUGCGACCUGGACCACCCUGCUGCCCAGUGCCAACCACAGUAUUUCUUCAGCCUGCAGGACACAAGGUACAAUUUCAGAACUGCUUCUUACUACUGGGGCUCCCAGCGGCAGCUCUACCGGAACCUGCUGAAGCUUUAUGGCCUCCGCUUUGACAUCUCCGUGCACGGCCAGGCUGGGAAGUUCAGCAUCAUUCCUACUGCCGUGAGCUUCGGCACAAGCAUUGCCUUCUUUGGUGCUGCUACAGUGGUCUGUGACCUAGUUCUGCUCUACCUGGAUGCAAAGGCUGACCUGUAUUGGAAGGAGAAGUUCGAGGAGGUAAGGGUGGGACCACAUGGGAGAGAGAAGGUUGGAGUGAAGGUUUUUGGAGUGAAUAAUUUUAUGAUUUUCUGCCCCUUGGUUAAAACUCAGUUCACAAGAUCUGGGAAGAUCCUGGUGGAGCAGCUCUUAGUCUCCAGCUUUUGGGCUUGAUGGCUGGUCUGAACUGGGAGAGGGAUGCAGCUGGUACCAGGACUCAGGUUGCAUCACAACCUCAGUUCCUGUUGGACAACAAGGGGUCCCCAUGGGGACCUUACCUGGAAAUGUGACCCAGCUCCACACUUAUUCUUCUUCCAAAGGGAAUCUGGCUGGACUCCAUGCAGAGAGAGGGCAGCUCUUCAAAGCACAUCCUGUGCUGCAGUUCAGUGACAGAUUUUCAUGCCUCACAUGAUUCCUGCUGUGGGAAUUCACUUCCUUGGUGAAUCAGUGAGUCACAGGGAGGCCCCCACAGAGCAGGAGAGCUGCCAGCCCUGCCUCAGUUCAUCUCCAGCUUUUUCUGGCCAAGUCUUUGGAGCUUCUGAGGACUGAGAUCCACCAGCUCCUGGUGAACUGCCCCAGGGCUGCAGCAUCCUGCUGGUGGAGAAUGUUCCUCAUGCCAGAUCUCAAAUCAGGAGCGGAGUGGGAGUCUUAGAGAGUGAAUCUGUUCUCAUGCGACCAAGGAGAGCAGUGCAGGUCCACCUGGGCCAUCCCCGUGCCUGUUGUACUGUUACCCCUGUUCAUUUUUUUAGGCAAACCCCCCUAAAGGUAAGCCCGAGGCCUCAGCUUAUGGACAUCGGGAAUGCUCCACCACAAGCACCCUUCCCUCCGGAGCCACCUCCAGG